CUGUUGUGGCAUUUCUGUACCGCUUUCCAUUUCCCUCUUGACUGCCACUCAUAAGCCUUGUACUUUGCUUGUACGGCUGCUAGGAUCCGUCAUCCGCGAUGCUACACAUUUGAAGGAACACUGUUGAGCUGCAAAUGAUUGACGAAUGGUCGUCGAACCUCUUGCAAACGGAUCCGAUGCGCGCGUACCGCAUGAAGCGGGACGCAGCCCGACGCACGGUGCAAUCCGCCUACACGAUCCUGGGAUUCAUCUCUUCUGGCACGUACGGGAGGGUAUACAAGGCGCAGAGUAAAGGUGACGAUGCGAAGGUGCAUGCUAUCAAGAAGUUCAAGCCUGACAAGGAGGGGGACGCGGUUACUUAUACCGGUAUAAGUCAGAGUGCGAUACGAGAGAUAGCGCUGAACAGGGAGUUGUCUCAUGAGAACGUGGUAUCCCUGAAGGAAGUUAUCCUCGAAGACAAGUCCAUCUAUAUGGUGUUCGAAUACGCCGAGCAUGAUUUCCUCCAAGUUAUACACCACUACUCCCAAACUCUGCGCGCGCAGAUCCCCCCGGUUGUCCUCAAGUCGCUCAUCUUCCAACUCCUGAAUGGGCUUGUAUACCUCCACUCGUGCCACAUCCUGCACCGCGACCUCAAGCCCGCAAACAUCCUUAUCAGUUCCUCGGGAGUGGUGAAGAUUGGUGAUCUCGGUCUGGCACGACUGAUCUAUGAGCCUCUCCAGCCUUUGUUCGCCGGAGACAAGGUCGUCGUGACCAUUUGGUAUCGCGCCCCGGAAUUGCUUAUGGGUGCGAAGCACUACAACAAGGCGAUCGAUUGUUGGGCAGUGGGGUGUGUGAUGGCCGAACUGGCGAGCUUAAGGCCCAUAUUCAAAGGCGAGGAGGCAAAGUUGGACUCCAAGAAGAACGUGCCUUUCCAGAAGGAUCAGCUGAUGAAGAUAUUUGAAGUCCUGGGCACACCCGAAGAAAAGGAUUGGCCAGGCAUGAAGGAAAUGCCCGAGUAUCAGAACAUGAAGCGGCUUGACAGGUUCGAAAAUCGCCUGCAUGACUGGUGCCAGACCCGCGUCCGGACACCUUCCGGGUACGAUUUUCUCCGGCAGCUUUUUGCCUACGACCCCGACCGGCGUCUCUCCGCCAAAGAAGCCAUGCUGCACGAGUGGUUUCAAGAGGAGCCUAAGCCGACUGCAAACGCCUUUCAGUCAGUGUCGACGCACCAGAUACCCCCGCACCGACGGAUCACGCAAGAUGACGCGCCGUCCAUGAUGCCCAUGCCGCAACCAUCGCAGGCGCAGGGACACUUGCACCCCUCGGCUAAGCCGGGAAGUUCGACGAGCUUUGCGAGCUUGACUCAGAGCGCUGGGGGUGUCACCUAUCAGGUUUCGAGCGCAUCAGCCAGGAAGAAGGCUCGAAUGGGAUAAUUGCAUGCUUCUCCUACGAGUAUGACCUCUCUUGCGCGGCAUCUGCUAUUUUCUUUUGUGUGGACAUCGAUGUAUUUGCAGGUGAGUUCCGCGACAGACUGUUAUGGAGUGCUAUUUCUGGGUCCCGAAUACACUUGCCUGCGCUUAGAAUAUUCGCUUUGUAUAAUGGAGCAUCUGUAGCUAGGCCUAGGGCGGUUCCGAGUCUUGAAUUUGUUACAACGCGUUACCCACUCAGGCUGCGUAGCCAGACUGCGCUUCGUGUCG